CUGUUCUAAAACCUCUAGGUGGCUUUCCAAGGGGACGUUCACACUAAAAGCGACUCAAAGCGUCAAAACGACCGGAUGUAACAACUUGAGCGGAAGUUGACUUUGAUGAUAUGAUUCAGCACUGGAUCAUGGUCCUUCAGGCCAGCGGUGUAAUGAGUAUCCCAGCUACUGUGAGUGUCGACAACCAGCUACCUGCUUCCUGGACGGCCCACUACAACUGUGCUGAUGUUUCAAUGGUAACAUCCAGUUACACAAGCCGGCUCUGGUCUCAGGAUCUUCACCCACAGAACUGGACCAAGUACCAGGUGUGGGAAUGGCUCCAACAGACGCUGGACAUGCACCAAAUUGAUGCCACCAGCAUUCCUUUCCAAAACUUUGACCUUGACGGGAGGCAACUGUGCAACAUGAGCUUCCAAGACUUCACCCGGGCGGCCGGAUCCGUAGGUUCUAUACUUUUCCAGAGCCUGACUGACCUCAAGUGGAACGGUCAGUAUGGUCAAACAGAUAUGUUUAUCCCAGCAGACAUUAAAACAGAAAUAGAUGCAGAUUUCCCAUGUUCAGGCCUAGCCUUCAAGGAAGAACCAAGCUUUUACAGCACUUCAGAACUGUUUGAUAUCAAAAGCUCAUUCCAGCCCAACACCAUACUGGCCUCACCGGCUCCCUCAAGUCCAGAUACCAAACGGUCACAAGUCAAAAGACAUAACCCUCGUGGGACGCACCUGUGGGAGUUCAUCCGAGACAUUCUCCUGAACCCCGAGCGUAACCCUGGCCUAAUCAAAUGGGAGGAUCGCUCCGAGGGGGUUUUUCGCUUCCUUAAGUCGGAAGCUGUGGCUCAGCUUUGGGGCAAGAAGAAAAAUAACAGCAGUAUGACCUACGAGAAACUCAGUCGAGCAAUGAGAUAUUAUUAUAAACGAGAGAUCCUGGAGCGGGUGGAUGGACGUAGACUUGUCUAUAAGUUUGGCCGAAACGCUCGAGGCUGGAGAGAGUCUGACAAGUGAAGGACUUUGUCUUCACAUGUAGCUUCCAAGUGAAACUUUUAUUUAUGACAUUAUAAGUGAUGGGACUAUGCUUUUGUGUUUUAUAAUAGUUGUGUACUUGUCUGUCACUUUGUUGUUUUAUUUUUAGAUGCUCUUUAAAACUUUGUUUACAUUAAAAACUGUACCAAUUUUUUGUAUGAAUUUGAAUUUAAAGCAUAACAUUUUUUGUAUAUAUAUAUACUGUGAAAAGUUAUUUAACUGGCUUUUGAAAAUGAGAAAUCUCCCAAAGACGACUGCAGUUUGGCUUUUAAAUGGCUUCAUUUGUCUUGAUGCAAGUAGAAUUAACUCUUAAGAGUAGACUUUUACCCUGGUAAAACAGCAAAGGAGGUGAAAUGAAGGACUAAAAUGUAAAAAAGCACUAGCAAUCGCAGUUUGUGGUCUUUACUGAUAUGGUUGUCAAUUAUACAUCAUGAACCACAAAAAGACAACGUCAAGUUUUUAUUAAUGCUUGUAUAUAGACUGUGUAUUUUACAAUUAAAGUUAUAAAAAUGCUAAUAAAAAUAUUUUUUAAACACUGAA